UUUUUCUUCCUGAAUUUAACCUGCUUUUCAUCCCUACACUUGGACAUUGCUUUUUGUCACACUUUUGGAUGAUUAAUGAAACAUCAAAUUUUUACAUUCAAUGAACCGAUGAGUAAAUAAUGCCAUUGGCUAAUUACGCAAAAAUUGGAAUUGGCUGGGCUGUUGUUACUGUUUGUGGAAUAUUUUCGUUUUAUCUGGCCAAAACUAGCGUAGAUAAAAGGCGAUAUGAUAAUAUGAAAAUAAGAGAGCACAUUAGACAAUCAAACAGUGGAGAGUACGAGCGUAGUUACCGAAAAUUCUCUACCUCAUCUUAGUAUUUAUCUUCAAAUAGUUCA